UCAGAUUCCGAUCCAUCCAUCAACAAUCACCACGCCGGGUAUUGAUCCUACGUCUUCUUUAUCUGUUGCUGCACCCCCCGCACCGCAUCAUUUGUGGUCUCAAAGAACGAAACGAGAUCAACCAACUGUGCCAAUAUGAUUACUGGUCUCCACCACGUCAACAUCCUCGUCCCGGAAGGCACCCUGGACCGGGCGGAGGAGUUCUACACAAACACCCUGGGUCUGCCAUCAGCCCCAGUUCCCCAUCUACAGAAAGGAACUCUCCUAUGGUUCAACCUGACGCCGGAUGGCAGUCAGCAGAUUCAUGUAGCCUUUGGGUCGAACAGCGAUUUACAUUCCGACCGUCACGCUUGCCUGAAAGUCGCGUCGCUGGACAAGCUAUUGGCCCUGCAGCAGCGCAUCUGGGAACAUCAUCAGAGAGGGGGUGAUGCUGCCCCCUUGCACGCUGAUAAGCCGGGGGAACAAAACUCGGGCGCCCAGGGCAUCGAAUAUCCGAGCCGCUUUUUUGCCAGGGAUUUUGCAGGUAACCGGCUGGAAUUCACCUUAUGACACGAAUGGACAAGUUGGACGAGACUUUCUUUUCAUCUUAUAUACCUGAGGAAUGGGGAUGAAGUUUUAAUGGAACAUUAAACAUGCAUCUCCUGAGUUCUGCAGUACCUUUUCACUGCACACUCAUAUAAACGCCCCGAUUCAAGACUCCGUUCGUGACCUUUCUUGUCAAUUCUGAUGGAUUUAGUGAGCGGGUGCGAGACGAAGUGAUUGGCCUGAGCAACGUAUUGGCUUUCCUACUUCCCCUGUCAAAGCAAGGACAUGGCGACAAUCCAUCGAAUGCACCUAAUCCACAUUAUUCCGGCAAUGUUAUCGCCCAGUGCAUGGUAAGAGUGGCUCAGAGGUGAUAAGGCACACCCAUCUAUGAGUAGAGCUUGUAGAGCUCAAUGAAAUCUGAAUUGAAAGAUUGAGGCAUGGAGAAAUCGGGGUCUAGUAUGUCGAACUACAGGGGAAGACCAGAGUUAUAUGUUUCAACAGCAGUUCCUUCCCGG